AUGGCUUCGCGUGCCUUUGCUACACUGCUUGCAGUGCUAGCGGUUGUGGGUUUUACCUCAGUUCCCCGUGGUCUGGCAACUGAUCCGACCCAGCUCCAGGACUUCUGCGUUGCUGAUAACAACAGCCCUGUGCUGGUGAACGGGGUGGUGUGCAAGAACCCGAACGUGGUGAACGCAAACGACUUCUUCUUCCACAUAGUGCCGGUGGCACCAAACGCGCAGGGCUUCGCCGUGACGCCGGUGGCGGUGGCCCAGAUCCCGGGGCUGAACACGCUGGGCAUCUCGCUGGCGCGCAUCGACUUCGUCCCCGGCGGGCAGAACCCGCCGAACACACGCACCCUCGCGGGUCGGAGAUCCUGA